AAGAAAACUCAGGAGUAGGGGGAAUUUGGCAGGCAAAAUAGGACAGAUUGUAGGAGCAGAACAUAAAAUCCUAACGAUCUCCUGAAACAAAGACGUGGUUGCAAGGUGGGCAUAACAAGGUAGUCAGAAAAAGGUAAGUCAUAAGUGGUCAGAUAACCUUUUAAAACAAAAGUAGGGUUGCAAGAUGGUUAUCAACAACUUUUUGAAUCAAAGACACGAUUUCCAUCCCUGGAACAGGUAGUACAGAACCUUUUGUAGUUAAGGUCACAGGCUGGGCAUGGCUCCAAAGAAAGAGACGCGGUGCGAGCUCCGACUUCACCUCUAAGGCGCCGACGUGACGACUGCAACGCCGGUGGCCCCUCCUGCAGAGCUCCUGCGGGUAGCCCCGCCCAGCCAGGACCGCCAGAAGAGGUAGCCAAUCAGCGGCCGGCCUGGCCCGGGGUCCCUGACCUGGAGUCUCCGUCACCUAGGCUGACCACCAGUUUCCAAUGAGCGAGCUACCCCGCGUCCAUCCAUGAUCAGCCGCCUUACGUCCCAUGCCAUUCACGGCCCGCAGCGUUUCCGUAGCGUACGCUUUCCCCUUGCCGGUUGGCGCUCUGCCAGCCAAUCAUCGGCGUAUCCGGACCAGCCAGCCAAUGGCUGCCCGCCUCCGCGCGCCUGGCCCGCGACGGUAGCGGCUGUGCGCCUUGCGGCACGCGGGAACGGGCGAGGGAUUGGCGCAAGCGGAGGCCAAUGGGCGGUGCGCGCGAGGAGCGGGGCCAAUGAGCGUCGCAGAGGCGGGGCCGGCGCCGCGGCGGGCGGCUGUGAGGAGCGGCCGGUAGUGGCGGCAGUGGCGGCGGGUGGCGGCGGCGGCGGCCAGCGGUCGGCCAUGGCGGAGGCGGAGGCCGGCGGCGACGAGGCCCGCUGCGUGCGGCUGAACGCCGAGCGGGCCAGGGUACUGCUGGCCGACGUGGACACGCUGCUGUUCGACUGCGAUGGCGUGCUGUGGCGCGGCGAGACGGCCGUGCCGGGCGCGCCGGAGACCCUGCGGGCGCUGCGGGCCCGCGGCAAGCGACUGGGCUUCAUCACCAACAACAGCAGCAAGACUCGCACGGCCUACGCCGAGAAGCUAAGGCGUUUGGGUUUCGGCGGCCCGGCGGGGCCCGACGCGGGCCUCGAGGUCUUCGGCACGGCCUACUGCAGCGCGCUCUAUCUGCGCCAGCGCCUGGCCGGCGUGCCGGACCCCAAGGCCUACGUGCUGGGCAGCCCGGCCUUAGCGGCCGAGCUGGAGGCCGUGGGUGUCGCCAGCGUGGGUGUGGGCCCGGAGGCGUUGCAGGGCGAAAGCCCGAGCGACUGGCUGGCCGUGCCGCUCGAUCCCGACGUGCGCGCGGUAGUGGUGGGUUUCGACCCACACUUCAGCUACAUGAAACUCACCAAGGCCGUGCGGUACCUGCAGCAGCCCGACUGUCUGCUCGUGGGCACCAACAUGGACAACCGGCUCCCACUGGAGAACGGCCGUUUCAUUGCGGGUACCGGCUGCCUGGUGCGAGCCGUGGAGAUGGCCGCCCAGCGCCAGGCAGACAUCAUCGGGAAGCCUAGCCGCUUCAUCUUCGACUGCGUGGCCCGGGAGUAUGGGAUCAACCCAGAGCGCACCGUCAUGGUGGGAGACCGCCUGGACACAGACAUCCUCCUGGGCGCCACCUGUAGCCUGAAGACUAUCCUGACCCUCACCGGAGUCUCCACGCUUGAGGAUGUGAAGAUUAAUCAGGAAAGUGACUGCAUGAACAAGAAGAAAAUGGUCCCUGACUUUUAUGUUGACAGCAUAGCCGACCUCCUGCCUGCCCUUCAAGGUUAAAGAUCUAGUGUCUUUAAUCUCUGGAAUAAAAAAUUUUAAAUCAGU